AUGUUGUCUUGGUGUGUACUCUGUACAGAUAUGAUCGAAUUCAUUGCAAAGACAUUUUAUUGCAGAGCAAAGAAUGCGAUUUGUAUACAAAAGACGUCGAAAAGUGGUUUUUUACUGCUAGCACGAACGAGUGAGAUUCUUUGGUUUUGCUGCACUUAUUGCGCAUCGAUUCUUGCAACGAGCGCCGCAGCAAUGACCAAUUCUGUCGAUGCAAUCAUUACUCAGGUGCAGAAAGAGGAUAUCGAUCCGAAUGGACAGUACAUCGCAAGAGGUGUUUUGGAGGAAUCUUGUAAUGAGGUGAUGUUCGCAACACCAACCACGGAUUCGUCAAGUGAUGAUGAUAAUUUCACAGGUUUAUAUUAUCACUCGUUCAAUAUCUCUUCCUUUAUCUAA